CGUCAUCAACCGCGUUCCGUUUUACAAUUUCCAAACAUCCGGACGACAACUUUUCGUCGAGCUCGGGAGUCCGACGAAAAACGUCUCGCAUGCGCAGAACAGUGAUGUAUGCAAUAAAGCGCGACAGUCAAAUAUACGAGUUACGUUUCAAUAUAUAUUAAAAAUCCGCAUUAAUAAUCCAGCAACCAAGCCUCAUCGCAUUGAAGGUUUUAUCGAGAGGGUUGUUGAUAUGUCUACCGCUUCCGAAUUUCAAAGUCACUUCAGAAUAACGGUGACAAGUUUUCAGUGGCUCCUAAAUCGAAUAGCUCCUUUAUUAGAAAGUGCUCGAGCAGGUGGACAUCAAAGUACAGAUCCAAAAAAACAAUUACUCGCCUUUUUGUGGUUAUUAGCAACACCGGACAGCUUUCGGUCAGUCGGUAGUCGUUUUGAUCUUGGAAAAUCUACACUAUCUGCUAUUUUUAUGCGGGUUGUGACUGCUUUAAAUGAGAUUUCUUCGGAAAUAAUAUUUUGGCCAAAUAGUGAGCAACGCCAACGCAUAACAACAUCUUUUCAAGCUUCUGCUGGAAUAGAAGGCAUAGUUGGUGCUAUCGAUGGAACAUACAUUCCUAUUAAGGCUCCAAGUGCAAAUCCGGAUGUGUACAUUAACAGAAAAUGUUUUCAUGCCCUAACUCUGCAAGUAAUAAGCGAUAAUAAUAUGUUAAUUCUAGAUGGCUUUGCUGGUUAUCCUAGCAGAGUUUCAGAUAUAAGGAUUUUUCGAAAUUCGCCAAUAUACGAAGAUUUUAUGAACUAUCCAAAUAAUUAUUUUGAUGACAACCAAUUUAUUAUUGGGGAUAAAGCAUAUCCCGUUUUGCAGUGGUGCAUACCUCCUUACAUCGAGAGAAGAAAUGUUACCGAAAGACAAAAACAUUUCAAUACUUGCCACGCUAAGUCUCGUCAAGUAAUUGAACGUUGUUUUGCCCUAUUAUUUGGAAGAUUUAGGCGAUUGAAAUAUCUCGAUAUGAAUCGGACAGACUUCAUAGCACCAACAAUAAUUGCUGCAUGCGUUUUACAUAAUGUAUGCUUAAAUAAUCCAGAAAAUCAAGAAAUAAGGGACAUGUUUAUAGAUGAAGGGCUUCAGGCAGUGAUAAAUAAUGCUAAUAAUGUUAAUCAUGUAGUAGCUAACGAUAAUAUAAAUAUACAAGAACUGGGAAUUGAAGGUCACGUAUUACGAGAUAGGAUUGCAGAAAAUUUGUAUCCGUUUCAAUAAUAAGUUUUAUUUUAUAUCCAAUGUAAUAACGUUAUAUUUAUAGUUUUGUAUUUUCAAUUUUUAAUAAAUAUAUACUUUUAUUUGAAAA